UGUAUCAGUUCAGAGUAACUCUGUACUGCUAAUAGCUUCUAUAUCUGCGAAAUCGGAAGGCCCCCUGAAUUCAAUUACCAACUGAUGAUUUUGGAGCAUGGCAUGGCGAGUUUAUUAAAAAAUUAUAAUAUCCCUAACGUUCUAAUUUUUUUUAUCUUGAUGAGCGAUGGUUAGUAAAUUGUGAAAAGAUUUUAUUUAGUAAGUAAUUAAUUAUAAUAACAAAAUAAUGAGUGCAGAAACCCAAAAUAUUCAAGUUGUAUCUUCUGAAGAUAUUGAAAAAGCCGAACAACUUAAGUCGGAUGCAAAUGAAUAUUUUAAAAAACAAGAUUAUAAUGCUGCAAUUGAUUUAUAUUCUAAAGCAAUUGAGAAAAAUCCGAAUGUAUCAAUAUAUUAUGCUAACCGUAGCUUUGCCUAUUUAAAAACUGAAUGUUUUGGAUAUGCGUUGACAGAUGCUUCAAAAGCAGUAGAACUUGAUAAAACUUACGUCAAAGGCUACUACCGAAGGGCAGCCGCUCAUAUGUCAUUGGGAAAAUUCAAGGAGGCCCUUAAGGAUUAUGAAUAUGUAACUAAGGUUCGACCCAGUGAUAAAGAUGCUAAAUUAAAAUUUACAGAAUGCAAUAAAAUAGUCAAGAAAAUUGCAUUUGAAAAAGCAAUUUCUGUUGAAGACAAUAAAAAAAAUAUUGCGGAUAGUAUAAAUUUAGAUGCUAUGACUAUUGAAAAUGAAUAUACUGGCCCUGAACUGGAAGAUGGCAAGGUAACUCUAAAAUUCAUGAAAGAUCUAAUGGAAUUGUACAAAAAACAAGGAAAACUACAUCGGAAAUAUGCCUACAAGAUACUGUUAGAUAUUAAAGCGUAUUUCAUGAAACAACCAUCUUUAAUAGACGUAUCUAUAGGAGAUGACGAGAAAUUUACGGUGUGUGGUGAUAUUCAUGGUCAGUUUUUUGAUCUUAUGAAUAUAUUUGAAUUAAAUGGCCUUCCUUCUGAGACUAAUCCAUAUUUAUUCAAUGGAGAUUUUGUUGACAGAGGGUCUUUUUCUGUAGAAUGUAUAUUUACACUUUUUGGUUUCAAGUUAUUAUAUCCGAAUAAAUUCUUUAUGUCGAGAGGCAAUCAUGAAAGUGCUACAAUGAACCAAAUGUAUGGGUUUGAUGGGGAAGUCAAAUCCAAAUAUACAGCUCAAAUGGCCGAUUUGUUUACAGAAGUAUACAAUUGGCUUCCUUUGGCACAUUGUUUAAAUAAAAGGGUGUUGGUAAUGCAUGGUGGUCUAUUUUCUCGAGACGACGUUACCUUAGAAGAAAUUAGAAAAACUGAAAGGAAUAGACAGCCGCCAGAGGACGGUCCGAUGUGUGAAUUGCUAUGGUCAGACCCGCAACCGCAGCCCGGAAGAGCGCCAAGCAAAAGAGGAGUUGGUUGUCAGUUUGGACCGGAUGUCACUAAGAAAUUUUUGGAUUUGAACAAACUAGAUUAUGUCAUUAGAAGUCAUGAAGUAAAAAAUGAAGGAUAUGAGGUUGCUCAUGAUGGAAAAUGUAUAACUGUAUUUUCAGCUCCCAAUUAUUGUGAUACUAUGGGUAAUAAAGGUGCAUUUAUAACCUUAAAUGGGAAAGAUAUGUUACCAAAGUUCACUACUUAUGAAGCGGUGCCACAUCCGAAUGUUAAACCAAUGGCAUACGCAAACUCCCUACUAAGUCUAAUGUGCUAGUACCUGCCUUUUUGUAGUUAAUUUUAUAGAUUUUCUAAUAAUUUAAUUUUGUAAAAUCCUCAAUAGAUCAUGUAUAGGCAUUUUAAUUACUUUUGCUUUAUACGUAGUUGAACUACAAUAUUAUUAUGUAAUUAAUUAUAGGUAAUUCUACAGUUUUUUGUUAUUGUUAUAUUUUUUUGCGUCGUCUACAUAAAUGAAAUCAUCUGUAGGACCAUUAAACAAGAUGUUUAUUUUUA